AGGGCGCAAGGAGCUGCGGCUGGAAGUACUCGGGAGGGCCGGCGGAGGAGGCGCGAGGAGCCCGGAGCUCGCAGAGCGCGCUGGAGGUGGGCGCGGGGCGGUGCCGCGGUGGCCGAGGGAGCCGCGAUGGAGGGCGCUCGGGCUGUACGCCAGGUGAUAAAUGAAGGGGAUUCAAGCCUUGCCACAGAGGAAGAUGUAAAGGAAAAUCCUAGUCCAACUGUGGAAGAGAAUAAUGCAGUAGUUAAAAAACAGGGGCCACAUUUACAUAAUUGGAGUGGUGACUGGAGCUUUUGGAUUUCAAGUUCCACCUAUAAAGACAGGAAUGAAGAAUACAGAAGACAGUUCACACAUCUUCCUGAUACAGAGAGGCUGAUAGCAGAUUAUGCUUGUGCUCUUCAGAGGGACAUUUUGCUUCAGGGAAGACUAUACCUUUCAGAAAACUGGCUAUGUUUCUAUAGCAACAUCUUCAGAUGGGAAACUACAAUUUCUAUUGCUUUAAAGAAUAUAACCUUCAUGACCAAGGAGAAAACUGCUCGACUCAUCCCAAAUGCUAUCCAGAUAAUUACAGAAAGUGAAAAGUUUUUCUUCACAUCUUUUGGUGCCAGGGAUAGAAGUUUCCUCAGUAUCUUUAGGUUGUGGCAGAAUGUGUUGUUAGAUAAGAGCCUGACUAGACAGGAAUUCUGGCAACUGCUCCAGCAAAACUAUGGCACUGAGCUAGGCUUAAAUGCUGAGGAGAUGGAAAACUUGUCACCGUCAACUGAGGAUGUGCAGCCAAGAAGUCCAGGAAGAAGCAGCUUGGAUGACUCUGGGGAGAGAGAUGAAAAAUUAUCCAAGUCAAUCAGUUUUACCAAUGAAUCAAUGAGUCGAGUUUCAGAAACAGAGUCAUUCGAUGGAAAUUCAUCAAAAGGAGGAUUAGGUGAAGACGAGUCCCAAAAUGAGAAGCAGUCCAAAAAGAAUGUCUUACCAACUUUGGAAAAGAAGUUAACUCUAGUGCCAUCAAAAUCACUGGACUUGAGUAAAAAUGAGUAUCUUUCUCUGGACAAAAUCAGCACUUCAGAUUCUGUUGAUGAAGAAAAUGUUCCUGAGAGAGAUCUUCAUGGAAGACUUUUUAUCAACCGUGUUUUUCAUAUCAGUUCUGAGAGGAUGUUUGAAUUGCUCUUUACCAGUUCACGCUUUAUGGAGAAAUUUGCCAGUUCUAGAAAUAUAAUAGAUGUAGUGUCUACCCCUUGGACUGCAGAACUUGGAGGUGAUCAGCUGAGAACCAUGACCUAUACUAUAGUCCUUAAUAAUCCACUUACUGGAAAAUGCACUGCUGCCACUGAAAAGCAGACACUGUAUAAAGAAAGUCGGGAAGCACAAUUUUAUUUGGUAGAUUCAGAAGUACUGACACAUGAUGUCCCCUACCACGAUUACUUCUAUACCGUGAACAGAUACUGUAUCAUCCGAUCUUCAAAACAGAAAUGCAGGCUCAGAGUUUCCACAGACUUGAAAUACAGAAAACAACCAUGGGGCCUUGUCAAAUCUUUAAUUGAGAAGAAUUCCUGGAGUUCUUUGGAAGACUAUUUCAAACAGCUUGAAUCAGAUUUGUUAAUUGAAGAAUCUAUAUUAAAUCAGGCCAUUGAAGACCCUGGGAAACUUACUGGCCUACGAAGGAGAAGGCGAACAUUCAACCGAACAGCAGAAACGGUUCCUAAACCUUCUUCUCAGCAUUCCUCUGGAGAUGCGGGCUUAGGUGCCAUAGAUGAUAUUACAGGAAAGAAAGAGGAAAUGGAAAGCUAUAACAUCACUAUUAUUGUGGUGAUGAGUAUUUUUGUGUUGUUACUAGUUUUGUUGAACGUGACACUGUUUCUGAAGCUGUCAAAGAUAGAACAUGCUGCUCAGUCCUUUUACCGUCUCCACCUCCAAGAAGAGAAAUCUUUAAAUUUAGCCUCUGAAAUGGUGUCAGGAGCAGAAAAUACUCAAACGAAUAAAGAUCAGGCCCAGCGUUUAAAGGGAGUGCUCCGAGACUCCAUAGUGAUGCUUGAAAAGCUGAAGAGCUCACUCAUUAUGCUUCAGAAAACAUUUGAUCUACUAAAUAAGAAUAAGACUGGCAUGGCUGUUGAAAGCUAGUGAUCUGAAGGACUAAAACCGCAGAGAUACUUGGAACUGUAAGAAAUACCUGGAAGAAAACUAGAGGAUGAAGGAUUUUGUCAUAUUGAGAUUUCUAAUACAAACAUUUCUUUCAGUAACAUUUAUGAUAAUUAGUCUCUGCUGGCCUUAAGAAUCCAUCCUUUCACUUCUUAUAGUUUUAAGCUGUGAAUUUCUCUACUGAACCGUGAAAUAUGUUGUAGAACUGAAUUUUUCUGAUACAAAAAGAAAAUGGCACACCCUGAGCUGCAUGGUAUGGUCUCAUUUCUACAGUGAGGUUUGAAGUUUGAUGCUUUGUUAGCACAGAAUCAGUAUAUGUCCAAUAGGCUGCUUUCAUAACUGAGGUAAGUCCAAGAGGACAAAGAAGACAAUAUAAGAAGAAACCUUUAAGUCACUACUGAUUUUAAAGGAUCUAUUUUCAGGCAUAUAUCAUAACAUUUCCACAUUUGUGUAUUGUAAAUAUUAUAAUGUCUUCAUUUAUUCAGCAUGCAAAUUUAAUAGUCAAACUUUUUGACUCUGCAUAUUGAUGAUGAUUAUCUGAAAGGGUCUUCUGCCAUGUUGUAUCUUUUUGUAUCUUUAUGAAGAGUUGUUUUUUUUUCCUUAAGGUAGCUAUUAGAGGUGGGAUUAUCUUGCCUCCUUAUGUAGGAUACCAGCAGUCAAAAGGAAGAACCAUCCUCUGAGUUUUCAAAACCAGAAGGUUGUGUUAACAUCUGGGCAUUUAGUGACACAUCAAAUGCAUACUUGAACUAAGACAGGCUUAAGCUUAGCAGUCUUUCAUGGUCGAAGUGACUCCUCUGGUUGAAGAUAAUUUGUGUAUUUUCAGUAACCAUGUAUGGCUUCAUUCUUUAUGUAUGUGUGUUACUUAUUUUGGUUGGUAAAUUAGAAGCCAGACACAAACUUUAGCUCUUUAAUAAAAAGUUCUGGGGCACGUAUUUCCCAAUACAAGUGUACUGACUGAAGUUGUAACUCAGAUAGAAGCUUUGCCUUUUUCAUAAUAAGUUGUUAUGCAUUAUUGAAAAUUUUGUCUCAAUACCAUGGGCUCAUUAAAAUAAGAACUUUGUAAACUGACUUGAAAUCAGGUAUUUUUUCAAGAGUUAGGGAAAGUUGAAGUGUUUUACUGUUUUGUCUCUUAAGUCCUUUCUCUGGGGAAAAAGCUAUACAUAUAAAAAUGUAUAUAUAUUCUGUUUCAUAAAUGUAUAAUGUAUGUAUAUUAUUACUGUUUGAACAACUAGUGCCUUUAAUUAAAUGUUUCAUUUUUCUCCAGACUCACCAAAGCUGCAUGGCCUUGUUAAAGUCAUUUUUGAGACUCCUGUAGAGAAUGAAAGUAUUCACUGACUCCAUUAGAGGGAAAAUGGGUUUCUCUGGGUGAAUUCCAACUAAGGUAACCUGGGAGUAUCAGUGAACCUACCUGGGUUUGCUUUGUUCUGGUAAGGAUUUAUGUAGUGUCUGCCUGUGAGCAUGAAUGAGUGGAUCAUAAACUUGAAGCUUUCUCUGUUUUGUGACAUUUCUCAAAGUCACAAAAAUGAUCGACAAGGUUUUUGUGAUGUUUCUUUAAAAGUUGUACUUUAUAACAUACCUCAAGGAAGAUUACCAAAGUAAGUUGCUUUAUAAAUUAAGGCUAAAUUCGUACGGAUGCAGAAUUCAAUUAAUAAAAUUGGAGCCUGUUAUGUAAAUUGCAUAUUAAUAAAAUACAAACUUUCUCA